GUAACAUCUCUUUGAGUUUUCAUACAAAACGUAACGUCUUUUUGAGUUUUUGUACAGAAGUUAGUAGAAACCGUGCUAUAUAUAGAAGCAUUUGAAACCCUCCUCUCAAACUUGAAUCAACAUCUUCAUCAGAGAAAAAUCCCGUUGAGAUGAAGUUUUCACAAUUGACAGGAAUGAAGAAAGAAAUAGUGCAAAAUUUGGAGUGGCUUGAAGCUCAGAAGAUAGAGAUAAGCAUUGACCUAAUUGCUGAAUCUAAGAAACAUCUUCAGUUCCUCGGAGUUGUUGACUGUAACCAGUUGCUCUACGAUGGUCCUGCACUCAAAAGAGCCAUCUACAGAUACAAUGCUUACUGGCUUCCUUUGCUAGCCAAACAUUCUGAGUCUUCCUCAAUCUGCGAAGGACCACUAGUCCCCCCAUUUGACUGUGAAUGGGUUUGGCAUUGCCACAGGCUUAAUCCAGUAAAUCUAAGCAUUGUGAGGUACAAGUCUGACUGCGAGGAAUUCUAUGGGAGAGUUCUGGACAACUCUGGCAUUUUAUCUUCAGCAAAUGGGAGCUGCAAAUUACAGACAGAAAAAUUAUGGAAGAGAUUGUAUCCUAUGGAGUCCUAUGACCUUGAUUUGGAUAAGGCAAUCUCAGAGCCAAUUUCACCUCUUGAGAAAUGCACGACCUAUGAUCUUGUUUCAGCUGCCAAGAGGCAAAGCUCAUUUUAUCUUGAGGUUUCAAGAGCCAAUGUGGACAGUGAGAUCAUUAUGGAAGAAGUUGUUGGUAGAUAUAAAGCAUUCCUUUACUUAAUCAAGCAAAACGGCGAAAAGACGAUCAAACCAAUCUGUGUUCCGACUUAUAAUAUUGAUCUAAUUUGGCAUACACAUCAGCUUAACCCUUCCUCUUACUACAAGGAUAUGGUAAAGAUCUUUGGUAACAUCUUACAGCAUGAUGAUACGGCAGACUCUGACACAAGCGAAGGUAUGAAUCUCGACACUGUUUACUCUAGAACUACUGCGCAAUGCGAAGAAACAUUUGGUCAAAGGUAUUGGAAAGCCAGCAUGGAUACGAUGCCACAUACUCCAGUUGUGGUGGAGAUUGAGAAGAGUGGUGCGGGUGCUAUGCUUUGCGGUGGAAGCUGAGAAGAACAGUGCUAGGUGUUUUACUGUGGAAGCUGAGAAGAAAAAUGCUACGUGCUUUGCAGUGGAAGCUGAGGAGAACAGUGCUAGGUGCUUUACUCUGGAAGCUGAGAAGAAAAAUGCAAGGUGCUUUGCAAUAACGAAUGGUAAGAGCAAUGCAAGGUGCUUUGCAAUGGAAGUUGAGAAGAAAAAUGCUAUUGCUAUGGAAGCUGAGAAGAAAAAUGCAAGGUUCUUUGCAGUGGAAGUUAAGAAGAACAGUGAUAGGUGCUUUUCUGGGGAGGCUGAAAAGAAAAAUGCAAGGUGUUUUGCAAUGACAGAUGGUAAUUAAGAGCAGUGCAAGGUGCUCUGCAAUGGCCACUAAAAAGAACAGUGCAAGGUGCUUUGCAGUGGCGGCUGAAAAGAACGGUGGAUUGGGAAGUGUUAAUUUGAUGGAGAACAAUGCUAAGGAAAAUGCUCCACUGGCGGAAGGCGCUACUGCAGCUUAAUUACUCAACUGAAGAAGUUCUAAUGUGUAAUGCUAAUGUAAAAUAUGUGUAAUAUAUGAUCUGGAAAUGUUGUGAAACUAAUGAGUGAUGUUUCAAAUGUUAUAUGUUAUAAACAUGUACAUACUAAUGUAAAUAAAUAAGUUACAACAGUUUAAUAUC